GGGAGGGUGAAUGAUUAUGGAAGAGGAUGCAAUGGGGAGAAGGUUUAAUAGAAGAAAAGGUGAAACCCAACAGUCCCAUAAACCCCAAAAUCCCAAAUCCAAACGAUGUCUCUUCAAAUUGAGGCAAACCCAAUGAACUCAGACAGCGAUGGAGAAGAUCUUCUAUUCUAUUGACUCUUGUUUCUUCUUCUUUCUUAUAUAAACAACUUCUUCCAAAUUCUUUUCCAUAUAUAUAUAUAUACACAUCUUUAUCUACUUCUUCCAUUUUCUUUUCUUCUCUAAUUAACCAUUCAAUUCCCAAGGAUGCGCAACGUGGGUAGUUCAAGCUCUGCCCGAGGCAUCGCCGCCAUUGUUGGUGUUGGCCCAAAGCUCGGCCGUUCUAUCGCUCGCAAGUUCGCGCACGAGGGCUACACCGUCGCUAUUCUCGCUAGAGACUUGGGUAGGUUAUCGAGAUUUGCGGAUGAGAUUGCCAGAGAAGAGAAGGCUCAAGUGUUUGCGAUUCGAAUAGAUUGCUCUGACUCGAGGAGUGUGCGAGAGGCAUUCGAAGGAGUGCUGUCUCUGGGAUUUGUCGAGGUUUUGAUUUACAAUGCGAAUCAGCAAGUUUCGAGGAAACCCACAAGGUCAACCGACGUUCGUAUUGAGUCAUUUGAGAAAUCUCUCGCUGUUUCAUCGGUGGGUGCUUUCCAUUGCUCCCAACAGGUUCUUCCGGGGAUGGUGGAAAGAGGAAGGGGUACGAUUCUCUUUACAGGCUGCUCAGCUUCUCUGAAUGGCGUUGCGCUGUGGGAAAUUCGCAUUAAGAGCAUUAUCUCAGUGCUUGGCCAGAGAGCUCCAGCCCCUGGGAAUACACGUCGCUCAUAUCAUCAUUGAUGGUAUCAUUGGCCUACCAAGGGCAAGUCCAACAUCCAACAGAGGAGGGUCCUCCUCCUCAUCAUCUACGUCGUCCUCCUCAUCCAUUGGAUCGCAUUUACAGAGUGGAAUUGGCGAUGGAACAAUGGACCCAGAUGCGCUGGCUCAGACUUAUUGGCACUUGCAUGUUCAGGACCGGACUGCAUGGACCCAAGAAAUUGAUCUCCGACCUUCAAACCCCAGAUUGUUCUAACUCCAUCCUUUUUCUUUUCUUUUCUUUUCUUUUCUUUUGGAGAGAAAAAGAACAGCAUCAUCAUUAGAAGAAAAGAAGUCGUAUUCUGUUGUGUUCUGUUGUGUUCUGUUCUGUUCUGUUGUGUGCUUGAGCUUGUCCCACAUAUUUUAAUAUUCUGUCACAAAACGCGAAAGGGCUCACACCCAAUCAUUUUGAUUCACAGACGUGUCUUUCUGAAUCCCCCACCUGCCGGUCAAAAUCCAAGCUUUAUACUCUCUCUCUCUCUCUCUCUCUCUCUCGAAGAUACCCUCUCCAUUGAUUCUUUGUUGAAAUGGAUUAUGUAUGGAUUAUGAUUCUGGUUUCCAAUAAGCUUGAUAGUUUAGGAAGUGAGUGGUGGUUUGAUCAGCAGUUUGGUUGUUGUUUGUGUAUGUAAUGUUGAAGAUUUGAUUGAUUCUUGUUAUGAUUGAAUGGGUUUUGAUGAUCA